GUCGUCGUCGUCGUCGUCUCCCUCCUCCCAUCGCAUCUCUCUCUCUCUCUCUGUCUCUCUCGCGAUCGGAGAUGGAGCACUACCUGGAGAACAUGAAGACCCUGCGAUCCUACGUGAACGAUGUGGAGGAGGAGGCGGUGAAGAGAUCCGCGGAGGAGCAGAAGCAGAGGACCGCGAUCGUCGCCCUCGAGAGCGAUCUCAAUCUAGUAAGAUCAGAGACAAAGCAACUUAAUGAGGAAGCUGAGGAGAUGCUCAAAAAGAAGGCAGUGGUUGGUUUGGAGAUAGCUGAAAAGCAGAGAAAGAUAACCUCCUUGCAGACUGAGUGCUCCACCCUUAAACAGACUCUGGAGCUGCUUCAUCAGGAAAUUGCUAGCAUGGAAAGAAUACUAAAGGAGAAAAGAUCAUACUACAAAAAAGCAGAAGAAGAAUUGAAUUACAAGCUGCAAGAGCAACAGGACUGGUUUCACUCCCAUACGCAGAAGAUGCCAGUAAAUAUUGAACCAGUUGAGAAUAUUCCCAGUAUGCAAGGCUCGAUCGAAGGAAGUAUGGACUGUGCACUUCAUUUACAGGUACUUCAGAUGACUGAGAAGCAAAAGGAACUGACAAUUCAGCUGGAGUCCACAAAACUUAAAAUGGAAGAACUAGAAACAAAAAAAAUCGCGCUUCUUUCUGAAAACUGCCGAAACAAACAGCUCAUAGAGCAGGUGAAGCAUGCAAUAGGUGGUUUUCCUCGCGAGCUUCGGGAAAUGGAUUUGAGCGCUUUGGAAGCAGAACAUAAUGCUUUGUUAUGCGAUAAAUCUGGUGAAACCGAGUACACAGAAUCUCUUCAAGAUCGGAUUAAUCAAAUGAAGGGAAUUUCAGAUACUGUCGAAUGCCGAUGUGGAGAGAAAUACAAAGUCGAACUAGAACUCGCAGGUGAGGUCAUUUAGACUCCAAACGCAAUUUCCAACGAGGUAUCGAGUGACCGUAAACAAAGUAAAAUUGAAAAUGGAAUUUAAAAAAAAAUAAAAAACAGCGAAUAGAAAAAGAAGUAGAAAAGCUUAUUGUUAGUUUGUAGAUGAACUUCGGCUCCAGAAAAUUCGGUGAGGCUAUUUCAAAUGUUAAUCUCUGAAAAACUGCUACGGAUACAUGAGACAGUUUCCAAAGGUUCGAUUUGUGAUUUUUACACGU